CGGGGUCGCACAGUCCUCCGCUCCCUCCUCUUGUUGACCCCAAACGCAUGCCUUCCUAUCGCUACGCUUAUCGUCGCCUCUCUCAAUGUAGACGGUGUCGGAGUCGCUACACCAGACCAUGACAUGGCCGCCAACUUCUGGGAUUCGACCCAGCGACGGUACUGGCUCUUCACCAAGGAUGAGCUAGCCUCCAUGCGCCAGAAGCUUCAAGACGACAAUGCCGAACUCAACCAGCUCUUCCCUCUUCCACAGCUGCGUCACCUAAGUAUCUACUUCAACCAGCAGAUCAACCGACUCGGCAAACGGCUCGGCGUCCGGCAACAGGCCAUGGCCACGGCCCAAGUUUACAUAAGACGCUUCUACACCAAAGUCGAGAUCCGGCGCACGAACCCUUACCUCGUGCUCGCCACCGCGGUCUACCUCGCCUGCAAGAUGGAGGAGUGCCCGCAGCACAUCCGGCUGAUCGUCAGCGAGGCGCGGUCCCUCUGGCCCGACUUCCUCGGCCUCGACACCUCCAGGCUCGGCGAGUGCGAGUUCUUCAUCAUCUCGGAAAUGAGCUCCCAGCUCAUCGUCCACCAGCCCUACCGCACCCUCACCGCGUACCAGGCCGACCUGGGCCUCGCCCAGGAGGACGUCAGCCUCGCCUGGUCCAUCAUCAACGACCACUACAUGACCGACCUCCCCCUGCUGUAUGCGCCGCACAUCGUCGCCCUGACGGCUGUAUUGCUCGUGCUGGUGCUGCGGCCGUCUUGCGGAUUCCCCGCGCAACUGCUGCCCACCUCGUCGGGUAUUGCGGCGGCUACGGCGGCGCUGGCGCAGGUGCAGUCGCAGGCACAACAGCAGCAGCAGCAGCAGCAGCAACAACAACAACAACAACAACAACAACAACAACAACAACAACACCAGGGUCAAGGACAAGGACAGGGACAAGGACAGGCCCGGGGGCCGAAUAAUGUUAUACCUCCCGGCACCCCUGGCGCGUCCAGCGCGGCGGAUAAAGAGAAGCAGCCCGAGGGGUGGAUCGGUCGGGUGCAGCGCUUCGGUGCCUGGCUUGCCGAGAGCAACGUCGACGUUGCCGCCAUGGUGGACUGCACCCAGGAGCUCAUCUCGUUCUACGAGUGUCAUGAGCAAUAUCAGGACAAAUUGACCAGGGAGCAGCUUAACCGGUUCAUCAAAGCUCGCGGUCUAGAUAAGUGAAGGGCUGCUAUUCUGUGGACAGGGUGCGGAAGUUAUGGAAGUCAUGGCCGCGCGGAUAUAUAUCCAUGCAUGGGAACGACUUGCGUUGUUUGGGCUACCAGGUAGGAUCGGUCGUGGCGUGCAUGCAAGACGCUGCUACCUACGCCGACCGGAGCAUCAUGAGCUAUGAGUAUUGAUGAGAUACGAUGCAUGGACUGAGGCAAUGCGUUUGUAUAUACAUUCCUAUAGAUGUAUACAUAUGCAAAUAGACAAGUGGAAUUCGUACGACCCA